ACAGAAUGCAGUUUUUCUCUGGACUUGUGGCAUUGCUCAUUUUAUUUUGCGGUUCUGUGAAUGUCUGUCAUGGAACUCUCAAAGAAAUUCCGAACAACAACACACAAACUUUCCGAAGUUUUGGCGACGAUCGAGGGCGGCAGGGACGUCCUAAUUCGGCAGUCGUGGACGUUGUUCCCACGUAUUCACUGGAAUAUCGCUCGCCUAACAAGAAAGACAUAAAAUUCACAAGUGGAGGAAUAUAUCAAGCAACUAUUCUCGAAACAACUCAUUUAGGGACGCGAGUUAAAUGCGACUUAAAAAUGGGUGUUUAUGCCCACGAGGAAGAGAGCGAGGUUCAGUUUAUCAUAACCAAGGGGAAUGAAGGUGGCACAUUCACAGUGAGCGCGAGGCGAAUCAAAUCAGUGAAGGAUUUCGUGUUCAUGGAUAUUGAAACCAAUAAAAGACUCAAUCGUGAAAGCGUACGAGGAGGAAAUUAUUUGUUAACUGUUGAGGCUCAGGAUCCAAGGACUUUAGCAGUUUUGGACACGACUGAGCUAAAUGUGAGCGUUACAGACUUGAAUGACAACAGACCCAUAUUUUCUCGCUCUUUUCAACACGUCACCAUAGACGAUGACAUUCCUUUACACACAUCUAUCGCACAAGUGGCUGCCACAGAUGCCGACACUGGCCCGAAUGGAUGGCUCUAUUUUUUCUUCAGCGAAAAAUCUUCUUUCUUUGCUAUAGACCCUGUGUCUGGAGUAGUGACUGUAACGCGGACGUUGGCAGGCAAGAAAAGAAGAAGAUACGAAUUACACGUGAUCGCGAAGGAUCGUAUCAAAGUUAAGUCACAGCAUGGAACGAUUACUGAAGGAAAGACGGGUAUUCGUAUCGCCGUAAUUCGCGUUUCCGACCAAGAUAACGCAAACAGCGACGACAUCGACAAGGUCCUAAUUACAUCAGGAAACGAAAUUAGCAACUUUCGAGUAAAGCGCUCACAGGAUGCGUUGGAUGAGUACCUAAUCGAGGUUGUAAAACCACUGGAUCGCGAGAAAGCUCCUGACGGUUUUGAUCUGGUUUUGACGGCCUUUGAUAAGGGUGUCCCGCCGCGCAAUGGCACGGUCUCGUUACAUGUUUUGACUGAGGUUGCCAAUGACAUGACACCAGCAUUCAAUCAAAGCGCAUACGCAGUCACGAUUUCCGAACUGGCGCCCCCUCACUCCUCUCUGAUGCACGUGUUUGCAGAGAAUGGCGACUCUGGUGAGAAUGGCAGGGUCUAUUACUUUUUGUCAGGAGGGGACAGUGACAAAUUAAUGAUUGACCAUGACACAGGUUUGAUAACUACCAAUAAAUACCUGGACUAUGAAACAAAACCUCGCCUGGAAUUUGAAGUGCGAUCUUUUGAUGCUGCAGCUGUUGGCGGAAAGAUGGCAAGUGUGAAAGUUUCAGUCGAUAUUGAGGAUGCUAAUGAUAAUGACCCAGUGUUCGACCAGCCUUCUUACUCCAUAGAGAUUUAUGAAGACUUGACACCCGGGACAAAAUUACUAACUUUGAGAGCGCAUGACGAAGACUCUUGCCAGAAUGGGCAGAUCCAGUACACGAUCAUAAACAUAGAAUCAGUCCCUUUUGCCAUCGAUUCUGAGACUGGAGAAAUUACUGCACUGACCACACUCGACAGAGAUUCAGGGCUCCAAGAGUACAUUACUUUAAGGGUGCGCGCAUCAGACUUUGGAAAACCAUUCCGAAGGGAAUCUGAAACCUAUGUACAUAUCCGUAUCAAAGUAUUUAAUGAUAAUGAGCCCGUGUUUGAAUGCUCCAUGUGCAAAAUACAAGUAAAUGAAGAUGCACCUGUUGGAACUAUUUUAGCUACUCUGACAGCUGUGGACGUUGAUGUGGCAGCAACUUCUCCGCUUGUCUAUUACAUACAAACAGCUGGAAAUGAAGAUCACACUUUUAAGAUAGAUCCCACAAGUGGGUUGUUAAAAACUGACAAAUCUCUUCAAGGUGGUAAGCAGGAGUUUAUUCUUUACAUCCUGGUUACUGACCCAAUUAACGUUGCCGCGGUAAGACUUGAGAUCAAAGUUGUUUCAAAACAAGCUGCUGCUGGAUUUUCCAAUUAUGUUAAAGCCCAAUGCCAGGUUAGUGCAGAGCAUGCAAAGGCUGUAGAACAAAUGAAAGAACGAGGAAAAAUUAAGUCUUCCCAAGCUUCUAAUGAUAAAGCACUACCUGGGCCAGCUAAUACUAACUUUCCAGAAUUUGUGCCAGUUGAGCCUGUAAUUGAUGUCAGUGAAGAUGUGGCUGUUGGAUCAAGGAUCGCAAAACUGUCCGCUAAUGAUAAAGAUCAAGGCUUUAAUGGAAUGGUUUUGUACGCCAUAGUCAGUGGUAAUAGUGGAAGCUCGUUCAAAAUAGAUAUGUACACUGGAGAGCUUUGUAGCGGAUCAUUACUAGACAGAGAAAAAAUUACAAAUUACACAUUGAACAUAACUGCCUCUGACUGUGGAUCUCCAGUCACAAAAACAUCCUUUACGAUAGUCUAUAUAAAUGUUUUGGAUGUCAACGAUAAUUUGCCAAUCUUCAAGAACGACUCAUACGAGGUUACUUUGCCUGAGAACAUUACAAUUGGUCAAACUGUUGUGUUCUUGAAGGCAACAGACUUGGAUGAUGGGGAUAAUGGCAGAGUUCGCUAUCAACUUGUGAAUGACUUUGGUGGUAAAUUCAGGAUAGAUUCCAAAUCAGGUCGACUCUCAGUGGCGUCAGCACUUGAUUAUGAAGAUCGCCCAGAAUAUGUCAUCAAGGUGCAAGCAUUUGAUAACUCCAAAACAUCGCAGAAGAUCACAUCUGCCAAAGUCUUUCUAAAUCUGAUUGACAUUAACGAUAACGCACCUGCUGUUGUCCCAAAGAGUUUUAAUGUGUCCAUUCCAGAAGACAUUCCAUUCAAAAGCGUCGUAGCAGCAGUUUCUGCUCAAGAUCCAGAUACAGGUUUAGGUGGAGAAAUUGAAUUUUCCUUGGUGGGAAGGCCGAAGAAAUUCAAGAUCGAUCCUGGAAGUGGUGUUAUACGAUUGCGUCGUCGAGUUGACUAUGAACAGCAAGAUGUUUACAACUUGACUGUUAAGAUCAGCGACAAAGGAACGCCAGUUCUUACAUCAUAUGCGAAUGUAAUCAUUACCAUUCUUGAUGUAAAUGAGAAUAAUGUUGCACCCAAGUUUAGUGGAGGAGACCUUCUGGAAGCCACUGUGUAUGAGAACCAACCGGCGAUGACCACUGUUAUGCGUUUGAAAGCAUCAGAUGGCGACUCAUGGUAUAUAAAGUAUGCAAUCAUUGAUGGAACAGGUGUUGACAAGUUUAGAGUAGAUCCUGAAACUGCUGUCAUCACAACCACUCAAGUCCUCCGUCGUGAAGAAGGUGAUCACUACUGGCUUCAUGUUCAGGCUAAAGAUGGCGAGAUGUAUCCACUGCACACAAAUGUUCCAAUGUUGAUCAAGGUACUGGCAGCUAAUGAUGACCCUCCCUACUUUAAUCCUCCUGUUUAUUACCCUUCAGUUAAAGAAAAUGCUAAAGAAGGGGAGACUGUAGUUACCAUCCAAGCUCACAAUCCAAGUUCUGAUGAUUCUAGCUUGAUGUACUCAAUUACACAGGGAAAUGAAGCUGGCAAGUUUGCUAUUGAUGUAAAGACUGGCCUCAUUAUAACCACUGCGGCUCUUGAUCGAGAAGAGCAAGACUUCUAUGAACUAACAGUUACUGUGUCUGAUGGGAGCACUCCACCACAGACUGCGAGCAUCACUUUUCCGGUCACAGUUACAGAUGCAAAUGACAAUGAUCCUAUAUUUUUGAAAACCAGUUAUUUUGCUGUUGUCAAGGAGCAGAGUGCCUCCUUAACUCCUGUUGAAAUCUUUAGAGUAGUAGCAAUGGACAAUGACAUUGGCACCAAUGCAGAACUUAUUUACGGAAUCCAGCUGCUAACAGAAAAUAAUGCUGGAAAAGUCACGAUAAACCCUAAAACUGGUGUAAUCUCUACAAGGCAGGCCUGGGUAGAAGGAGAUUAUAUAGAUUUUGAAGUCAAUGUUACUGAUGGUGGAACUCUUCAGAGGUCUGUUUCAGUGUACGUUAGUUUGGAUUGUGAAGCAAAGAAUUACCCAACAUCAAACCCACCAGAGUUUGAUAAGAAAAGUUACAAAGAGUCCCUUGAAGAAGAUGCUGCUGUUGGAACAACUGUUGUAGUAGUUUCUGCAUUUGACCUUGAUGAUGGUGAUGUUCUGACUUAUUCCAUCAGUGCGGGAAACACUGGGAACAAAUUCCAAAUCGAUAGUGAUUUGGGUGAGGUUACACUUGUCGGAAAGCUUGAUCGUGAGGAAGUGAGUUCCUUUAUCCUGACCAUCCAGGUGUCUGAUGAUUACAAUGUUGACGAGGCAACUUUGAUUAUAAAUAUCCUGGAUGUGAAUGACAAUUCACCACAGCCUGUCAUGACAGAGUACCAAGCCCAUAUCUCUGAGGAUGCUAAGCCUGGGACUUUACUGACCAAAGUUCAAGCAAUUGAUCCAGACGAGGGCGUCAAUGGAGCAGUAAACUAUGCCAUUGUUGGUUCAGUGAAACAGAAAUCCCGAUCACUGUUCAAGAUACAAAGUUCCACAGGCAGAAUAAAGACUAUCAAGGCUUUGGACCAUGAAGAUAUGAAGGAGCAUACCCUGAUAAUCAAAGCCACAGACCAGGGGGAACCCAAGAGAGAAAGUCUCUUUUCUAUCGUAAUUGCUGUUGAUGACGUCAAUGACCACAAACCAGUCUUCCUGAGAUCGGAGUUUAAGGCUGAAGUCCAUGUUGAUGCUUCUCUAGGCACAUCCAUCCUUAAAGUGUUUGCUGUAGAUGGUGAUGAUGGUACAAAUGCUGUACUGAAGUUUUCCAUGAAGGGCGGUAACACAAAUGAUGCAUUCUAUAUUGAUCAGAAUUCUGGGGUUAUUCAAGUGGCCGCAAAAUUAAGCAGCAGCAUUAAAAAGUAUUAUCUUCAAGUGCAGGUGUCAGACAGCGGAACCCCAGCUGAGACUGCAGAAACUGAAGUACAGAUUUUGGUGAGAGGGAUAAAGAAGCCAGUUAUGUUUGGACGUCCGUUGUACCAAGCUUCGAUUGUAGAAAAUAUUCGUCCUGGUCAUGCCAUUAUCAACGUUGUGUUCAAUGGCACUAUGGCUUCUUAUGAGCUUAUUCCACAGGAUAAUGCCUGUUGGAAGGAUUUUCAUGUCAACAGAAAAUCUGGAUUGGUGACGAACAAGGUUAGAAUUCACCCUUGGGAGACUGUAGUUACCAUCCAAGCUCACAAUCCAAGUUCUGAUGAUUCUAGCUUGAUGUACUCAAUUACACAGGGAAAUGAAGCUGGCAAGUUUGCUAUUGAUGUAAAGACUGGCCUCAUUAUAACCACUGCGGCUCUUGAUCGAGAAGAGCAAGACUUCUAUGAACUAACAGUUACUGUGUCUGAUGGGAGCACUCCACCACAGACUGCGAGCAUCACUUUUCCGGUCACAGUUACAGAUGCAAAUGACAAUGAUCCUAUAUUUUUGAAAACCAGUUAUUUUGCUGUUGUCAAGGAGCAGAGUGCCUCCUUAACUCCUGUUGAAAUCUUUAGAGUAGUAGCAAUGGACAAUGACAUUGGCACCAAUGCAGAACUUAUUUACGGAAUCCAGCUGCUAACAGAAAAUAAUGCUGGAAAAGUCACGAUAAACCCUAAAACUGGUGUAAUCUCUACAAGGCAGGCCUGGGUAGAAGGAGAUUAUAUAGAUUUUGAAGUCAAUGUUACUGAUGGUGGAACUCUUCAGAGGUCUGUUUCAGUGUACGUUAGUUUGGAUUGUGAAGCAAAGAAUUACCCAACAUCAAACCCACCAGAGUUUGAUAAGAAAAGUUACAAAGAGUCCCUUGAAGAAGAUGCUGCUGUUGGAACAACUGUUGUAGUAGUUUCUGCAUUUGACCUUGAUGAUGGUGAUGUUCUGACUUAUUCCAUCAGUGCGGGAAACACUGGGAACAAAUUCCAAAUCGAUAGUGAUUUGGGUGAGGUUACACUUGUCGGAAAGCUUGAUCGUGAGGAAGUGAGUUCCUUUAUCCUGACCAUCCAGGUGUCUGAUGAUUACAAUGUUGACGAGGCAACUUUGAUUAUAAAUAUCCUGGAUGUGAAUGACAAUUCACCACAGCCUGUCAUGACAGAGUACCAAGCCCAUAUCUCUGAGGAUGCUAAGCCUGGGACUUUACUAACCAAAGUUCAAGCAAUUGAUCCAGAUGAGGGUGUCAAUGGAAUAGUUAACUAUACCAUUGUUGGUUCAGUGAAACAGAAGUCCCGAUCACUGUUCAAGAUACAAAGUUCCACGGGCAGAAUAAAGACUAUCAAGGCUUUGGACCGUGAAGAUAUGAAGGAGCAUACCCUGAUAAUCAAAGCCGCCGACUUGGGGGAACCCGAGAGGGAAAGUCUCUUUUCUGUCGUAAUUGCUGUUGAUGACGUCAAUGAUCACAAACCAGUGUUCCUGAGAUCGGAAGUUAAAGCCGAAGUCCAUGUCGAUGCUUCUCUAGGUACGUCCAUUCACAAAGUGUUUGCUGUAGAUGGUGACGAUGGUACAAAUGCGCUUCUGAAGUUUUCUAUGAAGGAUGGUAACACAAAUGAUGCAUUCUAUAUUGAUCAGAAUUCUGGGGUUAUUCAAGUAGCCUCAAAAUUAAGCAGCAGCAUUGAAAAGUAUUAUCUUCAAGAGCAGGUGUCAGACAGCGGAACCCCAGCUGAGACUGCAGAAACUGAAGUACAGAUUUUGGUGAGAGGGAUAAAGAAGCCCGUUAUGUUUGAACGUCCGACGUACCAAGCUUCGAUUGUGGAAAAUAUUCGUCCUGGUCAUGCCAUUAUCAACGUAGUGUUCAAUGGUACUAUGGCUUUUUAUGAGCUUAUUCCACAGGAUAACGUCUGUUGGAAGAAUUUUCAUGUCAACGGGAAAUCUGGGUUGUUGACAAACAAGGUUAGAAUUUACACUUGCUAUUUAUAA